UUGCGCACAAACAAACAGCUGAGAGGGGAGUUUGCUGUGAGCCUUUGCAACUGCUCAAAUGAACAAGCCGUUCCGCACGAUUCGGGGAAUAAUCUGCGUGUCAGUGUCAUCUUUCUUAUGUAAAGUAGCUGUCUUUGAAGGCGGACCUCUUGGCAGGUUAGACCGGGACGCAGCUCCGACCAGCUCAGACGAGCGCUGCCACCAAACGCAUCGGUCGCCUGCGCACGGGAGGAGCGUAAUCCCACGGUCCUGGGACACAUUUAGUUUCACCCGCGGGGAUUUUUUUAUCUGACUUAUUUUGCCAUCUGGUUAAUUGUUUCCUGUGCCUGGCGGGGAAGAAAAAUCGGCGCGAGACGGAACCGCCGAUCGAAGGACUAAAUGAUUUUUUGGUUGUUCUUCCAAGUUGUCGCACGCGGACUGGCCAUUGCGCAGAGACGAGUGGAAUGAAAUGCGUGGACGGAUCAGCGAUUCUUCUGGAAACAGGUGGGAGAAACAAUUGGGAACGCACUGCAAUUCCUUUCGAAUGACAGUAGACUGAUACGCACGGUGAGUUUGAGCAAGGAGCUCCAGCACUUGGGCCACGCACCGCGCGCCUGACAGCAUGGACCUGAACGCACGCUACUUCCAACGAGAAAACAUCUUAGGACCAUCGCGGAAAAUUGUUGUUUAUUAAACUCUGCGAUCUCCCGACAUAUAGUAUAUCAAGUUUUUCCCUCAUUGAUGCACCCUAAACACAAGCACCCGCCGGGAUUCAUCUCGAUACGUGUUUAGUGGUGGUGAUGAACAUUCUGUCCAUUUCUUCAUUAAACCAAGAGGGGAGGAUGCGUCCAUCCGCCAGGCUGAGCCUCAUCUGUGUGCUGCUGGUCCUGUGGAGCUGUGGGGGUUCAGCCAUUAGCCCAAUAGACCCGGACUGGUCAGGGGAAGGGAGAUGUCAGCACAUCAACAUCCCCCAGUGUAAAGACAUCGGCUACAACAUGACUCGCAUGCCAAAUCUUAUGGGCCAUGAUGACCAAAAGGAGGCGGCAAUAAAGCUGCAGGAGUUUGCAACACUGAUACAGUUUGGAUGCCACAGUCACCUCAAAUUUUUCCUGUGCUCCCUUUACGCUCCCAUGUGCACAGAGCAGGUAUCCAACCCCAUCCCAGCAUGUAGAGUUAUGUGUGAGCAGGUGAAGUUAAAAUGCUCACCUAUCUUGGAACAGUUCAACUUCCCGUGGCCUGACUCUCUGGACUGCUCCCGGCUGCCGACCAAAAAUGACCCAAACAACCUCUGCAUGGAGGCACCCAACAAUGGCUCAGACGAGCCUCCCAAAGUCUCCCACACCCAGCCCCCAGAUUUCAGGCCACAGCGGCCUCUGAGCAGCCACGAUCUGCUCCUGAAGGACAGCAGCAGCAGGCAGGCGUGUAGCAACCCCGGCAAGUUCCACUUUGUGGAGAAGAGUGAGUCCUGUGCCCCUAAAUGCUACCCUAAAGUGGACGUAUACUGGAGUCAGGGAGACAAACAGUUCUCUCUGGUGUGGAUGGCCAUAUGGUCCAUCCUCUGCUUUGUCUCCAGCGCAUUCACUGUGCUCACUUUCCUCAUAGACCCGCAGCGAUUCAAAUACCCAGAGAGGCCAAUCAUCUUCCUCUCCAUGUCCUACUGUGUUUAUUCUGUGGGCUACCUCAUCCGACUUUUUGUGGGAGCGGACAGAAUAGCCUGUGACAGAGACAAUGGGGUCCAAUAUGUUAUUCAGGAGGGUCUGGAGAGCACCGGCUGCACCAUUGUGUUCCUCAUCCUGUAUUAUUUUGGCAUGGCCAGCUCCCUCUGGUGGGUUAUCUUGACCCUCACAUGGUUCCUGGCUGCAGGGAAGAAGUGGGGCCACGAGGCCAUCGAGGCCAACAGCAGCUAUUUCCACCUGGCGGCUUGGGCCAUUCCUGCUGUAAAGACCAUCAUGAUCCUGGUGAUGAGGAAGGUGGCGGGUGAUGAGCUGACGGGCGUCUGCUACGUGGGCAGCAUGGAUGUCAAAGCUCUAACUGGAUUUGUGCUUAUCCCUCUCUCCUGCUAUCUUAUUAUUGGCACUUCUUUCCUGCUUUCUGGCUUUGUGGCCCUCUUCCACAUCCGCAAGAUAAUGAAAACAGAGGGAGAGAACACAGACAAGCUAGAGAAGCUCAUGGUUCGGAUCGGGGUCUUCUCUGUGCUCUACACUGUCCCUGCUACCUGCGUCAUUGCCUGCUAUUUCUACGAGAGGCUCAACAUGGACUACUGGCGCAUCCUGGCAGUGGAGCAGAAGUGUGUUGACAGCAGCGGGCCAGAGUCAGCCGAGUGUGUCAUGAAGACUUCCAUUCCUGCUGUCGAGAUCUUCAUGGUGAAGAUCUUCAUGCUGUUAGUGGUGGGCAUCACCAGUGGCAUGUGGAUCUGGACGUCAAAGACACUGCAGUCGUGGCAGAAUGUGUUUAGCAGGAAGCUAAAGAAGAGGACGAGGAGAAAGGCUGCCAGUGUGUUCACCAGCAGUAGGCCUUACAUCAAACCUCACCCAUCUCUCAAAGGGCACAGUACGAAGUAUGAGCCUACACGGCCCCCUCCAACAUGUGUAUGAGCUGGCUCUCUCUUUUUGCAUAAACCCAAAAAUACUUGUAAAGCCCUUACCUAAAUGCGACUUUGUAAUCAGAGUGCCAUCAAAAGAAUCAAGGUUCAUUUUUUAUUUAUGCAAAAUGUAUGAAGAUAAUUAAAUGUGUUUGUUUUCUUCUUUUUCUUUUUUGUAUCUUGAGCCAUCUCAUGCAACAAGAGCUGCCUUUGUUUGAGGAAAAAAAAUCUGGCACUCCUGGAUUCACUUAUCCUAUUGAGGAACUUGGUAGAGGGGAAAAAUUGCAUUGUUCCCAAGACAAAAAGAGUGGAAUAAACCAUUUGACUGUGCCAUGGGGUUACUUGAAUAAUGUGCAAUAGAUGUUUUUCCCUACUGGCAAAAAAAGGACACUGGUACCGUUAGUGACGGAUUACAGAAAAUGCAAGAACCCCAGACAGGCAAUGGAGGCAAAUGGUCAGAAAGAUGAGUGUUGUGUUUGGAGGCUUUUUAAUGGAAACCGAGGUAGUGUCACAUAUGUUUGAUCUGAAGUGAGAGAAGCUGUUGAAAAGCGCUCAAGACCUUACGAACUGCCCAUUGUGAGGCAAAUCCAUGCCAUAAAUUAAUCAAGCACUCGUUAUGGAAAGUUAUUUGUACACAGUUGAGUUUUCCAUUGUUAUUUUUCUUUGCUGUUUUAUAGCACAAGAGAACGUUUGUAUAUAUUUCUAAAAAAAAAAGAUGCUGAGAUUUUAUAGUAAAAUUAAUAAAACGUUCUAGUUUUAAAAUGUUGUAGAGUCGGACUUUAUUGUAUUUCCAGUUUUUUAUCCUCUUUACUGGAGUGAGACUCUAUCCUCAUACGGCGGCUUGUAAGCAACUUCAGUGAUCGUAAUAUGUGAAUGUGAUGGUAUGUUGGAGCUGUAUUUAAAAUGCUGUUUGUCUUUCAGAAAAACUGAUGGAGACAACAUUGUAUUAGCAAAAAGAAAGAAAGAUAAUCUAUUAA